AUGAGCACAGGCCCUUACAUGACCCGGUUCGAGUUGUCAGCGAUGCACGUUGCUUGCUUCGUGGCCCUGAUCCUCGGAGUUCCAGUCGAGAGUGCUCGGCCUGCCCUUCAACAGCAGAUGUCAACGGGAGGCACUCUUGAAUACGAUGACGUUUGUUGCUGCAAGCGGCACAAGGAUGUGGGGAAGACGCUCCGAAAGCCUGGACACACGGAGGACAUGCAGCGAGUCGAUUGCCAGAAGUUGAAGCAGAUGAGGCCGGACAGGCCCUUCUGGUGGCACUUCGGAUCAGGGGACUCCGAGAAAAGAUGCUGCUGGACGAGCUCGCAUAACUGCAUGCCUACCAUCGGCUUUCUCUCACUGAACGAAGAUGGCGGAAGACGGAUCGAUGAUAAAGACCGCGAGAGCCUUUGCCAGACUGGUACAACUCCCGAGGGAGACGUGGAGCCAAUCGACAAGACGUUUGCCUUUAACGAGAUUAUGGGGUCCCUGUACAGCGACAUCGGUGAUAUGGUUGUGAGCAAGCUAUGUGGGAUGGUAUCGGGCGGUUUAGCCGCACACGGCCCAGGGCAUGUUGCACAAUGUGCUCAGGCUCAUCGGCAAGCAGGCUCACUCCAGGAUGCCGGCAGAGCUGCGAUGGGAGAAGCCUUUGAAGGCGCCAUAGGCCGGCAUUUUGCGUCCACCAGGCACCCGAUAAUGCCCCCCACGGAAUGGUUUCGCUACGGUGGUGAUAGGCCCCUCGAGGUCGCAAAAUCAGUGCAAGUGUUUAACGGGAACAAAUUCCCAAACAUGAGGUAUUGGUUCCACCCCGAGCUUCAAGAAAAUGGACACGUGGUGGUCGUCUUCCAGGAUCCCAACACCUACGUGCCUCCGGAUAAACGGACAAGGGCUCCGACGAGUACUUCCGGGGAGGGCUUCUGCGGGCAGGAUGCGCUGAACUUUGAGAAGGUUUGCGUCCAGACGACUGAAUCCGGCGAGCUCGAAUCCUUGACAGUCAAUCUUGAUCUGAACAAGGAGCUGGAUGUGACAGCCGAGGUCCCGCUCUAG